UUGGAUGGCUCGUGUGGGGGAUUUCUGUCGAUAUUCUAAUGAAAAUAGCCUCUGUAAACAAAACAAAAAAAUAGUUUGUGUGCAGAAACUAGCCACUACAAGUAAAAUGUGUAAACCUGCUACCGCAGUGACGUAUUACUACACAAAAUCAAUCUUAAUUCGUUUGACAAAUAAUGCCCCCUAACUAAAGGGCAACGGACGCGUCGAGUUGUGUAACGAUACGCAGACAUUUAAAGGUUACGACUAAAAUAACCUAAUGUUUAUGUGUAUGUAUGAAUAUGUAACGUUACACCACAGAAGAUGCCCCGCAGCCAUACGUCACGGUUCUGACUAGAACGUAUACUACCUCUACUGGGCACGCGCUCUUCAAUACCGCAUACUUUUUGUCACACUGGAAACAGUUGAUUAAUAUUUUUUUAAUUAUUAUAAGGUUAGGUUUAGGGUUGGUGUAUGUAUAGGCGUUAGCUAAUGUAAUUUAUUGUGAUUAAACGGCGAGAUUAUCACCAUUUCCGGCCGUAACUGUACGUCACCGGCGCCGCCAUAUUAGACCAGGCAACACUGAUCUAAAACACAUACAAUCAGUGUUGGGUAAGUUACUCUGAAAAAGUAAUUAAUUGCUAGUUACUCAUUACAUAUUCAAUGGUGUAAUUAUAUUACUGUCCAAAUUACUCUGUCCAAAAAGUAUUUAGUUACUCAUUACUAAUUACUUUCUAUAUCCUACAUCAACCUUGAUUAGAUUCAAGGACAGACAUGAAACGACUCUUUUAAUUCAUUCAAAUAAAUAAUAUCAUUAACUGACCAAAGUAUUACAAAUGUGAGCACAGAUUUUAAAGUAAGACUUUGCAUUUUGAUGUCAAUAACACUAUUGCACAUGCAUAUAUUUCACAAAGUAUUUAGUUUAAGUACAUGAAAGGUAACUGUAAUUAAAUUACAGAAAACAUAUGAGUAAUCCCUUACUUUACUUUUUCAAGGGGAAAGUAAUUAAAUUACAGUAACUAAUUACUUAGUAACUAGUUACACCCAACAUUGCAUACAAGUAUACGGGGAGCUGUGUUAUUUCUGAAUAAAAGAACAAUAUUACAUUUUAAUAUUAUUGACGUAUUUGGCGUCCAUCAUUUACUAUUCCCACAAUGCCAGUCCGCCGCCAUCAUUCCCACAAUCCACAUCGGUAAUGUAAUGUAACCUCAGCAUCCAUUCAUUAAACUGAAAUCGCUCGCAUUCCUUCAAAACGCGCUGUUUGUUGAUGUUUCUACAAACGAAGGUCGAAAAUGUUUCACCAUUUGUACCGGCAUAAAACAAUACAAACAUUACAUCAAACUCUCUUCAAUACAAACAAAACACUGCAACGAUGAAGACGCCUCACGCCUUCACAUGACAUACAGAUGGAUUUGGAAAAGGAGGUGAACCCGAUGACCUGUUUCAUAAGGUGAGUGAGCUGACUGAGAACACGCAUAGCAAUCGUUGAGAGAAAACCUGAAAUCUCUAGAAGCAUCGAAAUAAUAGACCCAACAUCAAAUUCCUGUGAAUGGUUUCACCCGUCACCUGGGUUUCGAGUGGUUUGCCCCACUAUUCAGCCUGCCUACCCUGAAUGAGUCAUCCUGCUCUUCCCUGAUUGGCCGAUCGGGAUCCAUCCCGAGGGAUUGCCAUGCAGAAAGCUGCCAAGGCCUGACUUCAUUCACAGAAACGUCGGUAUGCCCGUCUGCCUCUCCAUUCACAGGCAGCCCGAAUCAUUUGCACCAGCAUCCUCUGUUUCUCUCCUCAGCAUCAUUCCUGCAUCUCCCUGACAACACAGAGCGAGGGGCUUAUGUGCUUUUUUUUAUUUCUUGGUUUUGUCUCAGUGGAAGAUACGAACCCCCCCUCUCUCACUCUCUCUCUCUGUGUUUUUUUCUGAUUCGCAGGCAGAGAAGCGAGUCGCAGGGAGAGACCGCAGUGCGAUCGCCGCAGCUGCACAAGAGCUUGUGAAUGAGCACCUCUGGACAUUCUACAUGAAUGGCUCGUUUUUUGCUGCCCUGAUGUCGUGGCUUUCGUCGCAUCGGCUGUUUUUUUCUUUGAAUGAGAUCUGACAUUGGCAUUUGUGAAUGGCGUUUCAGUGAGAUUGCAUCUGGACAUUGUGUGUUCGAGAGGCACGUUUAAUUAUUCAACACGGCUCAUUCAGGAGCAAAGCUAGGCUUGUUUUUGUGCGGGAUCAGGGCGAUGGAAUUAUGAUAGUGUUUCAUAAUAUGUGAGAACGAACAGACUGUUGAACAAAGAGAAUAAACCGCGUUGGUCUCGAGGUUUCAGUUUCAGCAGAUUUUGUGGGGAUGGGUAAGACGGGUAGAAACGACCAGAUCGACAGGAUGAAAUGUGUUUGUCGGAAUUCAUUUUGGGUUUAGAUGAUGUGUGAUUCAUGCGGUGGUUUGUCGUUUCGUAAUCAAUGACAGAUCGUGGAACAGAGCAGGUUUAUUUCCAGAGCGUGUGUGAGAUGACACCGAAGGAGUAAAAUUCUGAAUGUACGUCGAGAAAAUUGCAGAAGUUUUCUGCGUACGUUCAAUCUGUUGAGUUUUUAGUCUUCUCGUGCGUUUUGUUUUUACCAUCAUUCUGAGAUUUCACAGGCUGUUAUUUAUAGGAUUGACUGAAAAAAACGAUGGGAGUAUUCCUGUAGACGUUUGACAGUUUUGUUCAAUAGUUUUCGUAGGAACUGAAUGAAAGCUGGAGGCGUUCCUACGGACAGAACAAAUUUUGAGAAUUGAUUGGUUCUAGCGAGCUGUAAGUGGGAGUUUUUUGUAACAGAAAGUGCUCUGCAGUGUUGAGUGACUCUUUUGUUGAGAAGGGUCUCUCGCUCUCUCUCUCACUUUCUCUCUCGCUUGCUCUCUCUCUCCCCGAGUGAGUCAUGCAUGUUCUGGGAUCUGCCAGGAUGCGGGGAGAGAGAGAGACAUCUCUACACUAGAGCUCUGUCUCUCUCCCUGCCAUCUCUGGCCCUCCGUCUCAGUAGAAGAGCGACCUCGCCGCUGCUUUUCUCUCGUCGUCCUCCUGUCUCCAUGGAUUCUGCGUUUUGCGGUUUAUUUUUGGUCUCCGAGCUGCUGCGCAGCGUCGGAUCUUCCUGACAGCAGCGUCCAGAGCGACAGCACUCCGCCACCGCCUUCGUCCCAGCGAGCAGCCUCUCGCCGCCUCGGGUCAGCAUGCUAAAGAAGCGGACGGUCAGCCGGGCGUCGGAUGUGUCCCUUCGUGCGUAGACCGGCAAACAGAGGGGAAUGCUUCACCGUGCUAAAUACAACCGAUUCCGGAAUGAGUCAGUGACGUCUGUCGAUGAGCUUCUGCACGGUCUCUCCAUGAACGCCAAGGUCUCGGCCGUCCCGCCGUCGCCACCCGUGGGCGACCCUCCCUACGCCCCCCCGGCCGAGGUCCUGCCCCCUGACCCCGCUGAAGAGUCUGGAACCACUCUGUGCACCCUCAUCAACAAAGUCUCCCACCUGAAAUUCGCCAACUCCUCCGGACUGCUGGGCAUCAAGGGCCUGCCGUCCGCCGUCAAGGAUCUGGCCGUGUCCAAGCUCCAGGGAGGAGCAGGGGGAGGCGGCUCGGGCGCCCCCCUGGCCGCCACAGGGGCUUCGGGACCGUCGCACAUCCCACUGGAGCCCGCCACCCUGAGCUCGGGGAAGAGGGUGAGGAUGGAUGAGCCUCAUCCCGGCGGAGAGAGCUGGAACCCGGCCGGCGCAGGACUGGUGAAUAAGCCGUGUCGCGGAUGGCUGCACUCCAGCGAAAAGAUUUCCGGACCUGGAGUAACAUAUGUUGUUAAGUAUUUGGGCUGUAUUGAAGUUCUUCGGUCCAUGAGAUCUCUGGACUUCACAACACGAUCUCAGAUCACACGGGAGGCGAUCAGUCUUGUGUGUGAAGCGGUCCCUGCUAUCAAAGGAGCUCUGCGUAAGAGAAAGCCUCCCUCUAAACUUUUGUCCAGUAUUUUGGGGAAGAGUAACCUGCAGUUUGCUGGUAUGAGCAUCAAUCUCAACAUCUCAACCAGCAGUUUGAACCUCAUGACACCAGACUCCAAACAGAUAAUAGCCAAUCAUCACAUGCAGUCCAUCUCUUUUGCUUCUGGUGGAGAUCCAGACACAACCGACUAUGUGGCGUAUGUGGCGAAGGAUCCAGUUAACCGUCGAGCGUGUCAUAUUCUGGAGUGUUCUGAUGGUCUGGCUCAGGAUGUCAUCAGUACGAUCGGUCAGGCGUUUGAUCUGCGCUUUCAACUCUACCUUCAGUGUCCAUCCAGCAAACCUUCAUCCAUGCCUGACAGGGUCAUGAGCACAGAUGAACCUCCGUGGACUGAAGAAGGGGAGGAGUCCGCCGAUCAUCAUUACUACAAUAGCGUUCCCGGCAAGAUGCCACCACCAGGGGGCUUCAUCGAUGCUAGACUGUCCAAUCAGAUGCAAGACAACAGCCAGGGCGCUGGAGUGGAUCAGACGUACUAUCAAGGCCGACCCAUGUUCAUCCAACAAGGGUCGUGUGAUAUAUACAGUCUGCCUGAGGUCAAAGGUCAGACCUCUAAACCUGGUGAUGUACCCACGUAUGUGAACACACAACACAUUGACACGCAGGUGCUGGCGGCACUCCAGAGCGAGACGGAGACGCCAUGUGAUACGGGCACAUUCGGGGCGGCUAAAGACAGUCCCAGGAAAGAUCUUUUUGACAUGAAGCCGUUUGAAGACGCGAUCAUGACUCAGAGUCCAGCCGCAGGUCCGCCCGCCGCUGAGCUUCAUAAAGCCGCGUCUGUGGAUAACUCCAGCCCGCUGCUGGUGCGUGCCGCCGCUCUCAGAGCUCAGGAGGAGCUGGAAGACCAGACCUGGUAUCACGGAGAGAUGAGCCGACGACAGGCAGAGAAACUGCUGCUCCACGACGGAGACUUUCUGGUGCGGAAGAGCACCACCAACACGGGCUCGUACGUCCUGACCGGGAUGCACAACGGACUGGCCAAACACCUGCUGCUGGUGGAUCCUGAGGGCACGGUUCGGACUAAAGAUCACAUAUUUGAGAGCAUAAGUCACCUGAUUGGCCAUCACCGUGACAACAACCUGCCAAUCGUCUCGGCGGGAAGCGAACUGUGUUUGAAGCAGCCGGUGGAAAGAAAACAGUGAGGAAUCCUCGGAUCACGUGGGCAGGGUAACCCCACCCCUCUCUUUCACCAAAACACACUUUCUCAUCGUAUAGUUCUCUUGGUUAGAGAAGACGUGAUGACUGUCAGACGUUUGGAGGUGACGAGGAACGACGGAGGACGGCGCUUUUUAGAUCCUUAUGGACCAUUUGUUUUGGACGAUGAGACGUGGCGCUCUCGUGGACUGAGACGUGAUUCACAAAACUGUGUUUUAUCGCGCCGGUUAAGAAUCUCUAUUUUUGACGAUUUUGGUGGGUUUCGGACAGCUGAAAGCGUAAAUCCUAGAUAUAGUUUAGAAGAAAGCGACUCGAUCUUGAAGACGGUCGAAGUGAAAACUAGUUUCAGAAAAUCGUAUUUUAGAAUAAACAAAGUUUUAGUUUUGUCUAUCAAGCACAACUGGAUUUUCAUGUUUGGUGGUAAGAAAUUAGACGAAAAACAAAUGUUUGAGAAAAAAAUAAAGCUGUUUAUAUAUGGGUCUAUUUGAGGUCCUUUGCAGCGGCUAGUGUGCGAGAUGCUUUGGUAGCUUCUAUCAAAUCACUGUUUUAUGCUUUUCAGACGGAGGACAUGAAUGUGUUUGCUUUAACACAAGUCACACGCUGCACGUACAAAACCCCACAAACACACACACACGGCUUUACAGUACCUACAUUUUUCUAUGACGUUGAAACCUGUGGCACUCGCAUGACUUAAAAAGCGUAAACUUGUACUUGUGGUCAUUGUUGGUAGCAUCCAGAGCCCAGCGGAGGUGCUUGUGUGUUUGCUCACAGUGUAAAAUCCUUCUGCUUUCCCACUAGUCAUUCCCUUGAGUUACUUCUUUAAACUUGUCGACGGUGUGUAUUCGUUCGGUCGAAAGCUUUCGUUUAGACCCUGAAUGUUUCUAUCGGUCGUAUGUUUUUCAUGGUUUGACUGUGGGCUUCACAAACAAACACGGUGAUAUUAUUACGCUUAUUCUUUGACAUUAAAGGAUUAUACAUGAAUAGCAUAAGCAAGGCUUUUGUGUGUGAUCAAUAAGAGUCAGUGUUUUAUUGCCGAUGAGACAAACUUUCUGAAAUUGCAUCAUUAACACGCACCGAAUGCUUCUUAAUUGGAAAAAAGUCAUCCAACAGCAAUGUGAAAGCCUGACAACAUGAACAAAUCCAGAUUAUCACAUAAAAAAUCAUUUUGAAAUGUUUCUAAAUACAUGUACAAGUAUUUCUGUUGUGUUGCUUAAAGUGAAUCUGAACUUGUUUUCUUUGCCGUAUUUGAGGUCUGAACAAAUACACAGAAUCUUUUCUGUUCUUUUCACCUGUUUCUCCAGUUUUCAUUUUCUGCAAAUAAAUGCAAUACUUUAAUUUGAAGUUUGGGAGAAAUAUUUUUAGU